AUGAUCCGUACUUCUGUAACACAUCCAAACUUUCCACCGGUUAACCUGCUAAAAUUAUCUCAAGCAAGAAGUAACAGAUCAAAACUCAAGAAUCAAAAUAAAAACCUGUUGAAGAGUGAACUAGCUAAUCAUCAGGCAUCUAUAAAUGAAUACAGUAAGGAUUUAUGGAAAAGAUCAAUGUCUUUGGAAUUAUCAGAGAAUUAUAAGAUCAAUAAACCGAAAUUAGCUUCAUUCCAAUUACAACCUGAAAUUAAUGAAAAGAUGAGAACCCUAAUAUUUGAUUUCAUAAUGUGUUGUCAUACAAGAUUAAAACUAUCAACACCAUCGCUAUUCCUAACAUUCAACAUUAUCGAUAGAUUUUCAUCAAAAUUUCUCAUUAAAAACUUCACUUAUCAAUUAAUUUCAUUGACCGCAUUAUGGAUAAGCUCCAAAUAUUGGGAUUUGAAAACAUACAUCCCAACGUUACGAGUGUUGCAACAAUUAUGUUGUAAUCAAUAUUCCAUUUCUCAAUUUAAAGAAAUGGAAUUACAUAUCUUGAAAUCACUGGAUUGGUCUGUGUGUCAAGUGGCCACUCAUGAUUCGAUAAUUGAUAUCGUUCUAUUUCUAAAUCAAAGGAAUGUUAUUCAUAAUGAAUACGUAUCCAUUAAUGAAAUUAAGAUUGGGGCUAUCAUGUUGUGUGAAUUGGCAUCAUUCAACAUAGAUUUGGCAUUCAAUUAUGAUCCAUCAAUCACAUCCAUCACGGCUAUAAAUCUCAUCAAAUCAGCUUUGAUUUUUAAAAGGAGUAAUACAUGGGAAGAUAUACAUUCAUUCGCCACUGACCCUCAAAUGAUAAAGAUAACUGAGGCCUUAUUAACCCAGUUGUCAGCAGCAUAUAACAAACAAGAUAGUGAAGGUGAGAUUAUAAACUCGUCAUCCUUGCCAUCAAGUUUCAACUCAAAGUAUAACCUCCAAUUGGAUGAUAACAAAACUAACGACAAUAGCAGCACUUCAAGGACGGCGUUUUUCAAGACUUUAUUCGAUGCAUUAUAUAAUUAUAGCAUUCAAUGGCAAAUGAACCAAUUCUAUUCCUCAUCAAGCGUUCAAGAAUAUUUAACCUCAGUAUUAAAUACAGGUGUGGCCACACCCAUAUCACAGGAGAAUCCAUGUGAUGCUACAACGACAGCGGAGGAUAUACCACCAUACUUGUAUCCAACUCAACAACUAGCAACACCAUCAAGGGAACCAAGCCAUUUCAUUUCAGGAUCAUCCGUUAUUAAGCAGCCUUUGACGCCAAUAACGCCAUCGAUGACCAAGAAUAAAUACAAUCGCUUCUCGCAAAAGAGAUCUAUUACAACUAUCAUGGAAGAUCCACAUCCAUCAGGAAUGAAAAAAAGGUCUACUUCAACCUCACGUUCCUAA